AUGGCGGCGGUGGCGGUGCGGACGCUCCCGCUUCGGCCCUACGGCCGCCUCCUGCUGCCGCGGGCCCGGACCGCGACCGCCCCGGCCCCCAUGUCGUCCUUGGCCGGGCUUUCCCGCAGCAGGAAGGUGGCUCUGACAGCUCUGGGGGUGUUGGCAGCGGGUGGGGGGGGCCUGGCCCUGGCCCUGCGCUCCAGCCUGGACGCUGGGGAGCUGGAGAUGCAUCCCCCCAGCUUCCCCUGGAGCCACGGAGGCCCCCUGGAUGCCCUUGACCACAGCAGCCUGCGGCGUGGUUUCCAGGUGUACAAGCAGGUCUGCUCAGCGUGCCACAGCAUGGAGUACGUGGCCUUCCGCAACCUCAUCGGCGUCACCCACACCGAGGCCGAGGCCAAGGCGCUGGCUGAGGAGGUGGAGGUGCAGGACGGUCCGGAUGAGAACGGGGAGAUGUUCAUGCGUCCCGGGAAGAUCUCAGACUACUUCCCCAAGCCCUACCCCAACGCUGAGGCAGCGCGGGCGGCCAACAACGGGGCUCUGCCCCCUGACCUCAGCUACAUCGUCAACGCUCGGCAUGGGGGCGAGGAUUAUGUGUUCUCCCUGCUGACCGGGUACUGCGACCCCCCUGCCGGGGUGACGGUGAGGGAGGGGCUGCACUACAACCCCUACUUCCCGGGUCAGGCCAUCGGCAUGGCCCCCCCGAUCUACAAUGAGGUCCUGGAGUAUGACGAUGGGACCCCCGCCAGCAUGUCACAGAUUGCCAAGGAUGUCUGCACCUUCCUGCGGUGGGCGGCAGAGCCCGAGCACGACCACCGCAAGCGGAUGGGAUUGAAGAUGCUGAUGAUCUCAGGACUCCUCAUCUCCCUCGUCUUCUACAUGAAACGCCACAAAUGGUCUGUGAUGAAGAGCAGGAAAAUGAUUUACCGGCCCCCCAAAUAAGAGGGGGGGAGCAGCAGGGUGCUCUCCACCCCAGCAGUACUGCCUGGGCCACCACACACAACCCCCAGGCUGGGGGUGGCACACCGUGCCCCCAGCAUGGAUCCUUAUUUAACAUCAGCCUCAGGCCCCCUGGUGCCUGCAUCCCCAGGGGCUGGGGACCCCCCAAUAAAAAUCUCAUUGUUCAAGGGGAAA